AAUAAACACCUACCCACGCCCACCCCCAGAGGGGUUUUGGGUAUAAAAGUAGAGUCUUUUCUUCUAAUUUCUGCACCCAACUGAGAGUGAGUGAAUAGAAAUUAGAAUAGGUUAAAAAAGUAAAACCAUGUCGAUGUUCUCCAAAGUUCUCAUCGUCGCUUCACUCCUCCUAUUCUCUCUGCUCUUCCUCCACGCCGCCGCCGAUGAUCACCCUGCAUUGCAGGUGGAGUCCGUCGACCAAGCAGGAAUCUCCCCCAGUACUCCUUACAAAAUGGACUGCGGCGGCGCGUGCGCGGGGAGGUGCCGGCUGUCGUCGAGGCCGCGGCUGUGCAAUAGGGCGUGCGGGACGUGCUGUCAGCGCUGCAACUGCGUUCCGCCGGGAACCUCCGGAAACCACCACCUCUGCCCUUGCUACGCCGCCAUGACCACCCACGGCGGCCGCCCCAAAUGCCCCUGAAUACUGAUGCCUAUAUCAACUUAUAAACUAAUUCUCUAUUCUACCCUCCUUUCUCUACAACCUAUACAUAUAAUAUAAUAUAUAUAUAUCCACUGUUUUGUUAUUGUAAGCUGUGUCCGAAGAACAAAGAACAAGCCAAGUUUAUUGUACAUGUUUGUCUAUUUUCUUUUAUAUAGACAGUAUAAAUAAUGAGGCGGUAUAUCUACGCCAACUUCUUUUCUUUUUCUUUU